AUUUCAUUUCGGAGCGAUGGUAACAAAAAUAGUCAAAUCAAAAUCGCUCCGAUUCGCUCUCGCCAGGCGCGAUAGUUGACUUUGGAAAAGUUCUUUCUUUAUUUAUUUUUUACUAUUUGAUUAAAAUAUUCCGCCAGCAUUUGGCGGUGUCAAUAGAAGACAAAUACAAAACACAAAUGUCUAGAAAUUCACACGUCAAUAACAUUACUAUUAGAACUUCUAUUUCACGCUUUAUUCUGAUCAACAGUUACUAAAGGGCGAAAACAAAUAUUUCAUUUCCAUACAUUGAUUGUUUCUUCUGCUGAAAUUACAUUUGGAAGUUCACAGGCCAUACAACAAAAAUUUUAUAAUUGCAGAAUUACUCUAUCGAUUGGAUUUUAUGCUAAUUUUAUCGUGAUUUUUAUAAGGAAAUGGGAAAUUCGGGAUAAAUAACUGACAAAUGUAAUGGAAAUAACCUUCAUUCAAUAGAUCUUGUCAUAUUACUACUUAAACGUGUGAAUACUAUUGACAGUUUGUCGCCACUGUGAAAUGUCAAAAUAAUUGUUUGGCGCCCUUUUGCGCUUUAAUAAACAUCAGCGUACCUAACAUAUUCAUGCUGAUCUGUUCAUUACGUUUGUUUGUUUGAAAUGCAAUUCAAGGAAGUUCACAAAUAUAAAAUAUAAAUUUUGAUGAGUUCUAAAAAUUUAAAUUGAAAAUCAUUGCAUAUCUACUUACUUCCCACUCGUGCCCAAGCAAAAAAAAAUAGUGUUCACCGAAAUACCCAGUGAUUCUUCUCGUGAUUUUCAAGAAGUAAUGGACAAGAAGUAUUUUAAAAAAAAUAAACUAUUAUGUGCAGUUUAAAUCAUUUUCGUCGAAUCGAAAAAAUAGGUGAAGGUACAUAUGGCGUAGUUUUCAAAGCAGUCAAUACUGAUAGUGGUAAAAUGGUCGCACUCAAAAGAAUCAGAUUAGAAAAUGAGUCUGAAGGCGUCCCCUCAACUGCAAUCCGUGAAGUUUCCUUAUUGAAAGACCUCAAGCACCCAUCUGUCAUUGAAUUGUACGAUGUUGUUAUCGCAGAUUCAAGUUUAUAUAUGGUAUUUGAAUUGCUUAGCAUGGACUUGAAAAAAUUACUGGAUAAAGCCAAAGAAGUUUUUACACCACAAUUAAUCAAGAGUUAUAUGUUCCAGAUUUUCGAUGCAAUUUCAUUCUGCCACCUAAAUCGAAUACUUCAUCGCGACUUAAAGCCCCAAAACUUACUAGUCGAUGAGUAUGGUCACAUUAAAUUGGCUGACUUCGGACUUGCACGAACUUUCAACAUACCAAUGCGUGCUUAUACACACGAAGUAGUAACUCUUUGGUACAGAGCUCCUGAAAUUCUACUAGGGACAAAACUAUAUGCAACGAGUGUUGAUUUGUGGAGUUUGGGUUGCAUAUUUGCUGAAAUGAUAUUACGAAAACCUUUGUUUGCUGGCGAUAGCGAAAUUGAUCAAUUAUACAAAAUAUUCCAAAUGAUGGGAACUCCUAAUGAGCAAAUUUGGCCCGGUGUAUCACAGAUGCCUGAUUUCGGACUGAAAUUCCCAAGCUGGAAGCCGCAGCAAUUGCCAAGUUUAAUUGUAAAAUAUAAAGACAAAGACUUUCUGGACUUGUUUAGACAUAUAAUGGUUCUAGAUCCCGGCAGAAGGAUAUCAGCUAAAAACGCUACGCAACACUCGUUUUUCCGUAAUAUUGAACCAGUUACAUACGUUUCCCUACCGCUAGAUGGGUAAUCUCGAAUAUGGUCUAGAAUUGACUACUUCAAAGUAUACUGUACAUCAAUUAUGGAUUAUAUGAAUUCAGACUGGCCUUUCUGACCAAAAUAAACACAAUAUUCAACAAAA